AUGAAUGGUAAGGAAAUCUUCUGGUAUUCAUGCUACAUCUCUGAUUUAGACCAUCAUGACCUGUCUCUACUGCAAUCCCACUUGAAGCUAGAUUUCACGUAUGAGCUUCGUCUCCCUUUGCCAAAUGAACACCCUUCUUCCCCUCCCGAAGGUUUUGUCACUGUCUUUAGGGAUCAAAUCUUAGGCGGCCUUCGCUUUCCUUUACAUCCUUUCCUCUCCGAGUUGUGUCAGUAUUGCGGCAUCGGCAUUUCUCAGUUUGCCCCCAUUGUAUUCCGAGCCGUCUGCAGAAUCAUCAUCUUGUGCCGCAUUUAUCAAAUUCCCUUGACCGCUCGACUAUUCCAUCAUUUCUAUUCCUUCAGGCGGGCUGAGCCGGGGGUGUUCAACGUACAGGCCAAGCCGGGCUAUAAAUUUUUUGAUGAUUUACCUUCUUCCAAUAAAGGCUGGAGAUCUCACUUUUUCUUUCUUAAGCCCCUCGUCCCCUUAGCUGGGCCUUUCCAAUGGCGUUCCAUCCUUCCUUCGGACUUCUCUUCACAUGUUCAUGAAUCUGCCUGCUCCACAGCCUCGGACAAGCUGACCGGUGUUGUUGUUCGCUUGUCCGUGCUGAUGCUAGAAGGCAUUCUGUACGCUUUUGGUCUUAACCCUGUUUCAAUAGAAAUCGGAGCUCCUUUUGUGGCUGUCAUUCUCCAUUCUUUUGCCAGCCAGGAAAAACCAUCUGUGGCCGUUCUGCAAGCUCUGAACGAAGAGUUAACACAAGGCCUAUCUUCUGAUCCCGCUGCUUCCGUCGGUCUGCAGCCUUUGGAACCCCAAACCUCUGAUGCGGUAGCCACCUCGACACUUAUUGAACCACCUGCCCCCAGCCCUGCAGACUCAGCCCUACUCCGAGUCUCUGAUCGACCUGCAACUGAGCCAUCGCUAGCAGGACAAGUGCCCUCUCCCCUUCCUACUAUGAAGCUGCGUCUUGCGCACAAGGGCAAAAGAGUGGCACCGGUCACCGCAACUUUUCCGCCACCCCCUCGCCGUCAACGUGCAGUUGGUAUCUCUUCUCCUUCUAGGUCCUCGGAUACAAGCUUGGCCCAGGAGAAGGCCUCUGAUCUGGAAAUUGUAGACCUGUCAUUGGACGUGACAGCUCCGACCUGUUCCGCGAGUUUGAGUGUCGUUCAACAAGUGGCCAAGCUUCAGCGAGAGAAUGUGGUGCUCAAGGCCCGCCUUCGGGAACUAGAGCAUCCUGUGGCCUCCUCAGCUCCUCCUGAGCCUUCACUUGGAAAUUUGGAUGCCUAUCUGCGUGCCGCUGGGGAAUCUGCGGCCUCUGCCUGA